ACAGUGAGACGUUCUUGUCAUUUUCAAGAUUCGCGACAGCUUGUUCGUCCCGUGAUUGAAAUCAUUCUCAUUCUUUUCCACAUGUGAGUAGUAGUAGACGUGCUAACUCAGUUUUGUAGUUCUGUCAACUCCACAUGUGUGUUACGUCUUGGGCGCUGUCAGGGGAUGUGUUGAGGUCGAGUGAGAAAAUCGAACGACGUUGCUAGCUAGCUACGCCGUCAGUUCAUUUGUCUGACUUGAGCGGGAGCGAGGCGACCGAACCGUGGUAGCGUGCGAGCGCGAGUAAGCGCACCUGUCCUGAUGGAAGAAAGAGGAAGCAGCGCGCUGCCGAGCAGCUGGUUCACAUACCCCGACACCGUGCAAUGCAAGACAUUCCUGCGCUGGGUGAACUACAAGCUCAAGCAGUGUAGCAAGCACGUCUCGUCGCUGCAGGAGGAUUUUCGAGAUGGAGUCAACCUCUGCGCUCUGCUGGAAGUCCUGUCCGGGGUGGCAUUGGAGUACAAGGAGACCUGCCAGUUGCGUGGUGAGCGUAUGAACAACAUUCUAACGGCACUGUCGUUCAUGAGCGAGCGGGCUGGUAUCAACACACUAGGCUGGGAUGGAGAUGAGGUGGAGCGUGGCUAUUUGCCAACAAUACAGGCGAUCAUCUAUGCACUCAUCACUCGCUUUGAGCUUUGUAUUGGCGGCAGUUCCCCAGUGCACGCCAAGCAGUUCCUGCUGGAGUGGGUCAAGUCCUCCGUAGCACAGCACACAUUUGUCAAAGUCACCAACAUCAAGAACAGCUUCCAGGAUGGCAUGACGCUUUGUGCACUGGUUGCCCGCUAUCUACCCGGGAAGCUAAACUUGGAUUUACUGGAUCGGAGGGACACGCUAACAAACACGCAGCUGGCUAUCCACCUAGCCGAGGAGAACAGCGUGCCGGCACUCCUGGACGCCAUGGAUCUUGUCGCAACCAGUCAGAAGAAGUUUGACGAGGGCACACAGUCGGCUGUCUAUGAGGUCAAGGCGCCGUCUGUCGACGAGUUUUCGCUGGUCGUGUACUUAUCCAUGCUAUAUCAGGUGUUCACCGGCCAGACAAGUGCAUCACUACUGGACGGCAAGCGGCGACGCAAGUCAUCCUCCUCCUCCAGCCGACAGCAGUCGGCUGUGGACCGUGAGAUCGUGGAGCUGCGCGUAGCGGUCGAGAAGAUGUCACGACAGGUCAAGUCAUUGGAAGCUGAUAGAGACAAGGCGCUGUUCGUGGCCAAGGAGUUGAGGAAAUUCAUCGAGGAGCUGAAGCAGAAGGGCGAUAUUCCUUCGGCAAGGCACUCUACCUGGACCGAAACAUCAUCGUCCAAGUUGGAGUUGCAGGUCAUGCGCCAGGAGAAGCUACUGGUCGCCUCCAAUUCGGCGGUACUGCGUGGAUUGCAGAUGCUGCGGAGAGAGGAGGGUGUACGCCAGACGAACACACAGCUCCUGCUUGACAACGUACGCAAGGACGCCGAGAAGAAGAACGACGAGACGCUGGCGGCGUGUCAUGCACGAUACGAGCAGCUGCUCAUGGCGUCGCGGCAGGAAUGCCAGCGCCUUCACGAGCUCAACGACCGCCUUCUGGAGCAGCUGGAGGAACGUGAUAAGAUGAUUCGCAGCAUGCAGAAAGAGAUGUCAGUUCUGAUUGGGGUGCAUCGGCCAGGCCGCGGUGGUUCCGCCACGCCGACCAACGGCAUCGAAUCUCCAACACCCCCACCCGGAGCAGCAUCGGGCAAGAAACCCAGAGAGUCCCCGGCGAAUGGCAGAAGUAAUGGCAUGCGCACUGGUGCAGCUGCAACGGCGGCGGCGGCUGAAGCGCGGUCGGCCGAGGAGAAGGCGGCGUUGACGUCGACAUACUCCACGCCGCGCUCGGUGAUGGGCUCAUGGCACCAAGGUGGUGGGCGGGGUAGCGGCAGUGCAUCUUCAGAUACUUGAGCAGUACGUACAGGUGCAUACAGCGGGCAGUACAUCUUCAGAUACUUGAGCAGUGUGUGCACGUACAUACAGGUGCAUACAGCGGGCACAGCAUCUUCAGAUACUUGAGCAGUGUGUACAUGUACAUGUAUAGUCAUGUAUGUACAGCAGGUAUAUACAUGAUGUAGUGAGGGCUAUCAGCCAUCCAUAGCAUACAGACACUGAUCACAGUGCUGAUAGCCAAGCCUGCAGAUAGGGCUUACACAUGGCCAGUACACCGUCCAGUGUCCAAUGCCACUUUGGCCUUGAGUUUUAGUGUAAAAAGGUGCUAUUCAGGUGAAUGCUGUAAUAAUUACAACAUUAAUACAUAGUGUCCAGGCAGGAGAAACAUCGCGCUAUGGUCAGCAGUCCUGCACACAUGGUGCUACAACAUAGCAAUAUAGUGUGAGCCAGUAGUACUUCUUAUUUUGGUCCUAUCUCCCAUCACAGAUUCAACAGGUUUAUUCCACAGGUCCCGUAUAUGUAUUGUACUAUCAGACCGCCUCAGUGCAUGGGUUGCUACACCCCAUGUGGACCAUCGGUCUGUAUAGUAUUGCACCCAACUUUCACGAUGCUGUCAGUGCGCUUUUCUUGAGUUUCGACUUUGACUGCUUUAGAACCGGAAUUGUGCUGCUAGCGUUUGAAUCGGUACUGUUUUCUAUGCUGCACGUUAUUAUUUCAGCCUCUCAGGCCGUGGCAUGGAACACUUGAUAGCCAUACCACUGAUCCCAUACAUUUACACGCUAUCCAUGAUCUAACUAUUCCCGUCAUCCAAUACCGACAUACCGUAAAAGCCCGUGUAUACGCCCACUCGAAAUAACGCCCACCCUCCGUGUACACGCCCAGUCAGGGGAAGAAAGCACUUUUGUUUCAAAAUAGCGCCCAUGCCCAUGUAUACGCCCAGGUAUGCCGGAAACACCAGUACACAUGUACAGGUACUGAUACCCAAUACUUACUGCUAUCCCUAUUCCAAGUAUACGCCCGGUAACGCCCGUGCCCUUGUAUACGCCCAGGAAAUCGAGGCUGCUAUUAUACGCCCGGGGGCCUGUACACGGGCUUUUACGGUAUCGAGUUCUGGACUGAAGGCAUGUAUAAUUGUAUAAUUGCAUAAUUACACUCACAGUCAGUAUGUGUCAGUGUUCCUUUUCCAACCCCAG